AUGACCAACUGGUGCGACGGGGACUGGGCCAAGUGCGGCCACUUCUCCAACAUGAUAAGCCCAGACGUCAACUCCAUGCCGUGCGGGUGGUCCGAAUGCGCCAACAGCAACUACGUCUGGUGCAACUACAACACCCCCGUGAAGAACCCCAAGGUGGGCAAAAUCACCAGCAUGACCAAAGCCGAGCUCAAGGCCAGCUUGACCGCCUAA